UGUUUUGCUCUAUCCGGCAUGAAACUGAAAGAACAUAUAAUUUUCUUAAUUUUGGUUUCUGUAGCUUGUGAAAAGGAAUGAUUUCUCCCAGUUUCGUUGCAGUGGCGAAAGAUCACGCUAAUCUUGUUCCUUCACAAUGCGUUGUUUACAUUCCCCUUCGUUACAGGUCAUACAAGGUAUACGUAGAGGUAGCGAGUUCCAAACAAGGUAAUACAUGUUAGACCUUAUUCAAAAGCAAUGACAGCUACUUCUCCCCAACCUCAAGUUUCAGCGAGAGGCUGUUUGUGCGGGAUUUAAGGUCGUCAGUCUUAUGUCGGGAAUCUAAUGAUCAGCUUAGUUUCAGUUUUCGGUCCCUUGCCGCCUUAAUCACCCUGGCCACUCCUCAGGCAGUCAGGAUUUGUAUUCCGGAGGGCCCCCACGUCCUUCUGUACCCUUCCGCACUGCGUCAUUAUUUGUGCGAUCAUACCGCUGACAAGGAGCAAAAAUGACCCUGGGCUCGACAUUGCCCGAUCAAAUGCUCAGGCAUUGGUCAGCAGUUGCCAUAAUAAUAAUAUCAAUCCAAAAUGGCGGAGGACGAUGGACCUCCACCAAACAAGAGGAACAAGUCGGAGAAAAAUAUUUUGAUUGGAGUCACUGGAAGCGUGGCGAGUAUAAAGUUACCGAAACUUGUAGAUGAGCUGCAUCGCUUACAACCAAAGCCAAAUAUCCAGGUUGUUGGAACAGAACACUCUAUGCACUUUUUUGAUAAAGACAAAAUUCCUGUGAAGGUUUUCAGUGACAAGGACGAAUGGGAGGCAUGGAGUACAAUGCAAGAUCCGGUUUUGCAUAUUGAGCUGCGACGUUGGGCUGACAUUUUGGUUAUUGCACCACUUGAUGCCAACACUAUGGCCAAAAUGGCAAAUGGUUUGUGCGACAACCUCUUGACCUGCAUAGUCCGUGCAUGGGAUCUUAAGAAACCUUUACUGUUCUGCCCAGCAAUGAACACUCUAAUGUGGGAACACCCAAUCACCUCUGAGCAGGUUGAACGGCUAAUUAACUUAGGAUAUACAUAUGUCCCACCAAUCAAAAAGACUCUGGCAUGCAAGGAUACUGGUAUUGGAGCAAUGGCUGAAGUUACAAGUAUUGUAGCAAUAGUAAAAGAUCACUUGGAAACAAUGAAAUGAUAGUAUAAAUCUCCUUUUUUUUUUUUUAGUUUAUAAUAUCAACCAGAAUUCUGUAGGGUCAAGUUGACACAUUACAUUUUUCCUUUGAGCAACAUAAAAAAACAUUAUGUAUUGCAAUGGACUCACAUUUUUCUAUCAUUUUUGACUAGUCCUGUUCAAAUAAUACAUUGCAUUUGAAGUUUAUGAUUGCAACUUAUAGAUCAAACCCAAUUCCCUUCACCCUUAAGGGUCGCGAAUUCAACAUACUCUAUUCAUUUGCCUACAAGCUAACCUAUUAUUUCAAGACCUUAAACUCAGUCUUGGAAUGCAAUGUAUAUGAAUCGACAAUACUUAAAACAUUUACAGCGUAAUAAAGCUGAAAUAAAUUAGAUUUUUAUACAUGUAUAGUGAGGAAAUAAAUACAUUGUUUCAUUCUUU